AUGCUUCUGCUCGGACGCCAUAGUGGUGAAGCCUCUCCCCCCUACACACGCCUGCAGAGUGGUGGCUCAGGCACACCUCCCGGAUCUUGUACUCUCUCGCUUGCUUUGUUUCAAUGCUGGCUUUUCCCCCUUCCUCGUCGCAGUCGGAUUUCCUGUGAUCUCUCCACACUAUUCUUCCUCCCCUUUCCCCUUCUUUCAUCUUCCUUGCCUUGCACUACACCGUCUGAUCCCGCCCCCUCGACUCUUUCUCGUUCCUCGUUGCACAGCUCCCCACUUCUUCCCACCGCCACCCACCGACCCGAAGACAUAGUCACGGACGCACGCACCCCUACGGAGCGCAGCAUGAGGCGGAAGAAGGGAUCCUACGUAACGUGCGAGGUCAAUGGCACCGCGUGCCGGUCAGACGAUGGCACAUACGAUGUGAAGACUCUGUACGGGCCGCACACCGUGUUGUUGCGCUUACCGACGACGACAUCAUCGCCAUCUUUGUCGUCGUCUUCUCUGUUACCAGUGGAGGCAACCAACGGGCUGCCGGAGCGCUUGACGAGCUUCACCAUCUGUGCAGUGGACGCGCGCGGGCAUUUUGCUGUCAAGCAGGGCGGCACCUACGAGGUUGGUGCAAUCCGAGCUGUUGAAAGGCAGGCUGAGGCCGAGGCGCAGCGCGCACCAGCAGCAGCUGCCAAGACGGCGGGGGAGCGCAAAAGUGCAAAGAAGGAAAUAAAACGUGCCUCCAGCAAAUAUGGCUUGUUUUUGAAGCAAUUUUUGAAGGUGUUCAGAACGAAAGGCGUUCAGGCAGCUGCGGGGGAGUGGGGGCGCCUUUCAGCGGAGUCGAAGAAGAGUGUCGAAGUUGAUGACCUUAUCGCAGCGGUGGUCCGCUCCGGUCGUCACCCGCUGCGUCUUCCUGAGAGCUGA